AUUUUUCAAACUGAGCACCAAAUUAGACGGUUUUCACCGAAUACCCGAAUCAAACAACAAACUUCGGUUCGCUCUCGUUCAGUUUCUGGGUCUAGUUCUGUUUUUUCUCAGCCCUGGUCACUAGUUUAUCUAGGUUUAGAAGCAGGCCCAUUCAAAACAUAACAAAACCUGAUUUCUCAUUAUUUCCCUCUCUUUCCCUUCUCUAAUUUUAUGUCAAUUUUGCAUUUUCAUUCCAAAGAUCCGAGCUUUACUAUCCCAUGGCUAAAACCCAACUCAAAAACCUGGUUUUUCAUAUACAAAAACGCUUCUUUACAUCAACUCCAACACCACCCUCUUCAUCUUCUACAGUUGAGUUCUUAAAAAAUUCAUGUGGGCUCUCACUAAAAUCUGCAAUUUCAGUUACUCAAAGGUUACACCUUGAAGAAAAAAAUCAAAAAAACAUUCAAUCUGUUCUUGAAAUCUUGAAAGCUCACAGCUUUACUGAUACCCAACUCACCAAAUUGAUUGAAAAAAGGCCUGAAAUUCUUCUAAGCAAAGUAAAGGAAAAUAUUCAACCCAAGCUAGAGUACUUGGAAAAUCAAGGGUUUGCUGGUAAGCUUCUUCCUGAGCUUAUUUUGUUAAAUCCAGUAAUUUUGAGGAGAGCUUUAGAUUCUCAUAUUAAACCGUCUUUCGAGUUUUUGAAAUCGGUUCUUGGUAGUAAUGGUAGUGUUGUAGCUUCUGUUAAACGUUCCUCAUGGUUAUUGACAUUUAAUGUGAAGGGUGUAAUGCUACCGAAUAUCGAGUUCUUAGAAAAAGGCGGUGUUCCUGCAUUACAUAUAGAGAGAUUGCUUAGAUUGCAGCCAAGAGCUAUAAUGCAAAAACAUGAUAGAGUAGUUCAAGCUUUUAAUUCUGUUAAGGAAAAAGGCGUUGAACCGAAAUCUCCUAUGUUUGUUCAUGCUAUUAGAGUUAUGUUAUCGAUGAGUGAUGUGACUUGGAAGAAUAAAAUUGAGGUAAUGAAGAGUUUAGGGUGGAAUUAUGAGGAUAUUAUUGGGGCUUUUGCUCGACACCCGCUUUGCUUGGCUUGUUCCGAGAAAAAACUUAGGAAUGCUAUGGAUUUCUACUUGAACACUAUGAAGUUGGAACCGAAGGUUGUUAUUUCUUAUCCGAGAUUUUUAAUGUAUGCUAUUGAGACAAGGCUCCGGCCAAGGUACAAUGUUUUGAAAGCUUUGGAGUCGAAGAAUUUGAUUAAAGGGCAUAAGAAGAUUGAGUGGUUGCUAACGUUAAAUGAAAAGGCUUUCCUGCAGCGAUAUGUCAUGAAGUAUGCAGAUGAAUUCCCCGGUAUGAUGGAAAUAUACCUGGCUGCCCUAGAAGUGAAAAAGAUUGGUGCUUAAUGAAGAAGGACUCUAAACACAGACGCAAAAACUGGACGAGAAAUUUCUACAAGAAAUUAACAUCAUGCCUGAGGCAGAAGCAUGAGAAUAGUACAGCAAUAGACUCAAUUGUUUUAAACAAUAACAGUAGAGAAUCCUGUAAAAGAAGUAGUUUGUAUCAUGUAACAUUUUAGUUAAGGCUGCUAAUUUUUGAUAAACUUCGAGA